CCGCGACUCAAGUUGAAGGACUGCGAAUACCGUGGAGAUCACCAUGGAAUUCCCCGGUUAUUUCCACAUCUCUUUCGACAGUAUCGUCAAAUCGGCCUUGUUGCUGCUCAUCGGCUGGGUGCUGGGGCGGAUCUGGAGCACCUGGAGCAUUAGAGCAGCGCCGACAGGCACAUCGUCUCCUCCACCGCUUUCCCGAGAGAAGAGCGCUGAGUCAGACCAUCCCCGCAGGCAGUCGACAGAGUCAUCAGGCCACCGGCCUUCUCUGCCACACUGCAGCCCCAAUGUCGAUGAUGCGCUGGAACACAUCCUGUACCCACCGCAGCUGCCCACACUGCAAGGCUUCUUCACGAGCAAGAAGGGCAACCGUAAGUGUCCAGACACACACACACACACGCAGAUGAUGGAUGCGUUAUACAUGCACUGGAUCUUAUGCAGACCACAUUUAUUAUGAGGUGUGCGGGAACCGCCAGGGCUGGCCUGUCUGCGUUUUGCACGGGGGGCCGGGAGGCGCCGGCGCAACGCCCAUUCUCCGCAGAUUCCACGACCCUGACGCAUACAAGUGAGUGUGCGAUGGCCCCGAGACAUGUGUCUGUCUGCCUGCCUGUCAUUGCCCCAGGUUGGUGCUGUUUGACCAGCGCGGUGCAGGACGCUCGUAUGCAGAUGGCGACGUGUGUGAAGACAACACGAUUUGGCAUCUAAUCGAUGACAUGGAACAGGUGAGUGUCGCGACAGAGUGACAGACAGACAUCAUUUGCUGACUUUGAUUUCGACACUGAUGCAGCUGCGGGAGCUUUUACACAUCCGGCAGUGGCAGGUGUGUCGCAGAGACAAAGCGAUAGGACGAGAAGGAGGACAUUGUGCGUCGUCGGUUUCUUGGAAUAGGUGUGUGGCGGUUCCUUCGGCAGUGCUGUGGCCCUGACUUACGCCAUUUGUCACCCCCAUCGCGUCAGCUCUUUGGUGCUGCGGGGGGUGCACACACUGCGGCAGCGCGAGUUCGAAUUCUUUUACCAGUGGGGUGCCAGAAACUUCUAUCCCGACGCAUGGCAGGUCUUCGCCGGGCUAGUGCCCAAGCAGCAGCAGCGAUCACUCAUACAGGUGAGAAAACCAGCCUCAGAUUGCGAUCCCAUUCCUUUCUCGCUCUUUCUUCUUGUCCUUUAUUUCUCCCUUGCUGCAGGCCUAUCAUCAGCUGCUGCACGAGCCAGAGCCCCACAACCAGAUGCCCAUCGAUGGCGAAGACGAUGAGGACGACAACAUAGCAGAGGAGGAGGCAGAACAACCUGAGGGCGACGACAUCGAGACAAACCCAAACCCAAACCCGAACCUCCUCAGCCCAUCUGCUGCAACUGCGCGCCCCCGGUGCAACACCGACAUGGACACCAUCGAGAUGGACGAGGAAUCCGAGUCGCCCAAGCCUCAGAGAAACGCGACUUUCGACACUCCUCCGUCUUCCGGGCAAGCCACAGAGCAGCCACAGGAGUGUGAAAGCGAUGUGCCGGCAAAAGGGCGGCCCCGUGCGGAGAGCGACAGGUUGCUAGCGGCAUUUGCGUGGUCGGAGUGGAGCGAGACGGCGGCUAAGGUCCGUCCACCGCCGCAGAAGGACGUCACGGUCAUGCGCCUCAUUUCGACUAGCAGGGGCAUCAGCCCACGGAACUCGACACAGACAGGGAGGCUGUGUGCUGGUGGUGGUUUGGGGGGUGACGGGAGUCCAGUGCGGUCUGAGAGCGCCCAGUCUGGCAGUUCUGAAGGGGGUGUGGUGGGGCCGGCGGUCAAGUCGGUGAGCGCUUUGAAGGAAGAGGUGCGGUCGAUGAUGCGAAAGGGCAACACGCGCAAGGCCGCAAUCCUCCGCCAGACCUUCCGCAUACGGUCGCAUUAUUUCGUCAAUAGAGGUGCGGUGCUUGAGUAGGGGGACAGGAGGGGCAGAUCGAUCGAUGCACAGCAGCCGUUCGUGCUUUCCCCUGCCCUUGUGCACCUUACCUUACUCGCAGGUUUCCUUCCGCACGAUGGCUGGAUUUUGCAGCAUUUGUCGACCCUUAAGAAGGACAUUCCGAUAGAGAUAGUGCAGGGGAGACUCGACCUCAUCUGCCCACCCGUCACUGCUGUCAGUGAGAACAGACACAGAGACAUGCAUGGAGAGAGACACAAAGCCACUGCUUCGGUGGGAUGUGUGUAUGUCUUCAGUGGGAGGUGAAGCAGGCAUGUGGGUGGGCCAAUUUGGUCUUGGUGCCCGCUGCUGGCCACUCAAUGAGCGAGCCCGGCAUCGCCAAGGCACUCGUGAGGGCCACGAAAAAACUCGCGAAUCUCUUCUAGCGAUCCGCGGCUGUACGUGUCUCGUGGUCCUGGUCUGUGUGUGCACUCGUUUAUCGGUGCACGUUGUCUGUUGAUGGACCUACUCAAUGCAUCGAUCUGCGUGGAUGAGAGGCGUCGACUGAGUACAGAAGGUGGGAUUUGCA